AUCGGCCUAUCGCGAAACGUCGCGACUGUCCAUAUCCAACGGCCGCAUCAAGCAUAUCCGAACGUUCCCACUCGGCGCAGUUUUGGUGCAUCCAGCCAACGGUGACGGAUUAUUCGGAGUAUUAAUAAGAAAAAGAUAUAAAUAAUUUAAACCAAUAAUAACGCUUUCCGUGGUGAUUAUUGUUAAACUUACUGAAACCUGAUACCCUCGAGCCAACCACAGGAAACAUGUCAACUCAGCAUAUUUGGUGCACAAAUAACGAACACCACCAAGAUUACGGACAUCAAUCUGACAAAAGCUCCAGCACCAAACAGGGUAACAGUGCACUACAUAAUCCAUACCUAAUCGGUAUCCAAUCAAGAUUCCGUCGUCGUUAUUAUCAUAAAUCGAUAGUGUUGGUGCUGCUGCUCAUCAUACUCAUCCUGACGGUUGUAGUAAUCAUAAUAGCUUGUUUGCUACAUUUUCCCAACGAAAUUUGCCAUACCGCUGAAUGCCUGCGGUCAGCGGCUGCUCUAAAGCACAGCAUGGAUUUGUCGGUGGACCCUUGUGAUGACUUUUACCAAUACGCUUGUGGAAACUGGGAGGACGAGCAUCCUAGGCCAGACGCCUACGUCAGCUUCGACUGGUUUAGCGAGCGACAGGCAAAAAUUCUGCGCAACAUCCGCCAGUAUCUGCAGGCUAACGACAGUAUGCUGGACCCAAAGCCAGUCACCCAUGCACGUGUCAUGUAUAGGGCAUGCAUGAACUUAACGGCAAUGGAUCGGCUCGGUUAUGAGCCAGUUUUUAAGUACCUGAAACAGUUACUCCUACCACCUUAUCCAUCCAUCCUAAACGUAUCGACCACGGCCAAUGACUCCAAUUUUGAUGGGUACGGAUUUGACUGGGUCCGAUCGCUAGCAAAAAUCAAACAGAUGCUUGGCAUGGAUGUUUUCAUUGGUUUUGACGUGUACCCUGAUCCGCAACACCGCGACUACAACAGAUUAGUGUUAGGCACACCGGAAAGUGGUUCUGAUUUGCCUUUUAACAACAUAAUUCUGAAACAUCUAUUGCGUGGUCGAAUGCGCCCCAAGAGCACACCCAAGAGUGACAAGUACGAUACAGAAGACGAAGCGAUUGAUGAAAACGAGGACAAUUCUGGCGAAUCUAAGGACGAAGAGCAACAUUCGCUUAAGGCAUAUAAAAAAUUCAUGAUUGGUGUGAUGAAGCUGUUGGUCAAUCACACAGAUCCAGACAUCAAAGUGGAAUCUUUCAACGAACAGUUUGAAAAGGCCGCCUCGAUAACGAUACAGGUUUCUGAAUCUAUAUCCAAAUUCAAUCAGGAGGCCGAAAAUGCUUCAAAAAGCGCCAAUGUCGAAGAUCGUUUGAAUCUGCAGGACAUCGUUUACUGUACGGCUAGAGACCUACAAAACAUAACGGAUACCCAUCUGGCUGGAAACACCUCCUUUCCUAUUUGGGAAAAAUUCUUGAACAGCGUUUUUGAGGGCAUACCUGAGGCACAACUAAACCUGCAGGACGAAAUUAUUCUCACAAGCAACUCUGACAUACUGUAUCUUAAACUUCUGGUGGGAUAUCUAGCCAUUACUCCGCUGGCGCACAUCGAACUGUACAUCUGGUGGAAUGUGGUCGAAGAAUUAAUCCUUCACACCACGAUGGAAGUGCGCCGAUUAUACUAUGAAUACUACAAAACUAUGAACACCGCGGAUGGAUUUAGUUCCCGAACAUUGUACUGCACCGGGACGGUGAAUCGUUUGCUAGGAAUGGCGGUCAGCUACGCAAUUUCAAAUAAUAAUUUCACGCAUCAUACGAAACCGAAGGUGCAAGAUAUGCUUGGCUACAUCCGCACUGCAUUCGAGGGAUUGGUGCGCGACACUACAUGGAUGGAUUGGUCAACCAAACGUUCUACGCUCCAAAAGACCGCGGCUAUGCGAAGCCUGAUUGGCUUUCCUGAAUGGAUUUUGGAUCAACAACGGCUAGAACAGCACUACCACGGACUGGUGGUUAACGAGAGCACCCAUCUGGAGAAUAUGCUCGAGGAAAUUCAGCGCAAAAAUAUCAUCAAACUGCGCCGCUGGCGUCAAAAACACGAGCUCAGUUGGGAAACACUUCCCACGAACGUGAACGCUUUCCACACGUUUCAGGAAAACGCUAUCACUAUCCCCAUCGCUAUACUGCAGUAUCCAUUUUACCAUCUCGGACUGGAAGCUCUGAACUAUGGUGCACUGGGAACUAUUUUGGGUCACGAGUUAACCCACGGAUUUGAUGACAGUGGACGCCAAUUCGAUCAAAAUGGAAACCUAAAGCAGUGGUGGACUAACCAAACUAUAAAAGAAUACAUUAACCGGACGAUGUGCUUUGUCGGUCAGUAUAGUCAAUACUACAUACCGGAAGCUGAUGACUAUAUAGACGGUUUGUUGACACUGGGUGAAAAUAUUGCGGACAAUGGUGGAUUGCGGGAGGCAUUCCGGGCGUAUCAGUUGUACAAAAAAUCGUCCGGAAAGGAAGCAUACUUGCCAGGGUUUGAAGAUUUUACCCACGAGCAACUGUUUUUCAUCUCCUUCGGAAACAUAUGGUGCGAGUCGCACACGCAAGCCGCAGCCAAGGCAUAUCUGGAGGAUUCGCAUUGUCCCGGUAAAUUUCGGUUGAAAGGCGUACUCACAAACUCUCCCGAAUUUAGUCAAACGUUUGGUUGCAAAUCGGGAACUACUAUGAACCCAGCAGCAGACAAGUGCCGCAUAUGGUAAAAAACAAUGAAUGACGAAAUCAACCAAGACUCCGAAAUUGUAUGUAAAUGUAAAAAAAAGAGAUAUGCAGAGUGCAUAUCGG